UUGAACUGUAGAAAUCCUUAUGCAUAUCAACUUACUUCGCCAUUGUUGAUUUAUAAGAACUCAAAUCACCUUUACUCCAAAUGCGAGAGAGAAAGAGAGAGAUAGAGAGAAAGAGAAUACUGGAAAGAAGCAGUAGCAUUGUAGAAGAGAUAUCUAGUCUCUAGAUAUACUCUAGAAUAACCAAAAGCCUGCCUUCUCUUCCUUUUCUUUCUUCUUCUUCUUAUCUCUCUCUACUGCUCUUUCGUAUACUGAUCUUUAUCUUUAUCUCUCAGUAUGAGUAAGGAGAAAGAGCGGAGGAUGUUCGUUGGUGUCGUUUGGAAUUGUGCUGCCGAGCUCAAGCUUCUACUCACUGCUCUUCUUUUUCUCUGUUCUCUCAUUACCCUUCUUCACUUCAUACCUUCUCGCUUAAUCUCUUUCUCCCCUAUAGAUCUUGGCAGCUGUAUUUCUACUCCCGCCGCCCCACUUCAUUAUGUUUCCCACUUAAACGCCACUAAUUCCUCAACCCCAUCUGCUACUAUUCCACCGCCGAUGAGUACUACUACUACUACUGCUCCUCCACCGUCGCCGCCGUCCUUGGAGAAAGACAGACUUCUAGAAAACGGCGUCGUUAAGAGGGCUUUCAACCCUUUUGGCUCUGCCGCCUACAACUUUAUUCUGAUGUCUGCUUAUAGAGGAGGUUAUGGCACCUUUGCUGUAAUGGGUUUAGCUUCAAAGCCUCUUCACAUCUAUGGCAAACCCAGUUACCGUUGUGAGUGGGUCUCUUCUGAUAAACGGCAAAACCCCAUCUCCGUUGCCGGUGACAAGAUCCUCCCUGACUGGGGCUAUGGCAGGGUUUACACUGUGCUGGUCAUUAACUGCACUUUCCCUGUCCCAGUUGGCGACGGCGAAACUGGCGGCAAACUCCUUCUUCACGCCACCACCAACGGCGGCGGCGACACUGACUUCAACACCACCGACACUUUCGAAGCAUUGACGGAGACGGGGCAGGAUUUCGUCAAUUUUACUUCCAUGUUUGAAGCACCCCCAAAGUAUGAUUUCUUCUACUGCGGCUCGUCUCUAUUCGGGAACUUGAGCCCACAGAGAGUAAGAGAGUGGCUGGCAUUUCACGUGAGGCUGUUCGGAGAGAAGUCUCAUUUCGUAUUUCACGAUGCUGGUGGUGUACAUGAGGGGGUAAUGGAGGUGCUCCAGCCAUGGAUGGAUAAAGGAUACGUUACAUUACAGGAUAUUAGGGACCAAGAGAGAUUUGAUGGCUACUAUCACAAUCAGUUCCUUAUUGUCAAUGAUUGCUUACAUAGGUAUAAGUUUCAAGCUAAAUGGAUGUUCUUCUUUGAUGUGGAUGAGUUCAUUUUUGUACCCAAGAAGAGCACCAUUAAAUCUGUAGUGAAUUCCUUAUCGGAUUAUACACAGUUCACCAUUGAGCAGAUGCCAAUGUCUUACAAGCUUUGUCUAGAAGAGGACCGCGGUAAAUCCUACAGAAAAUGGGGAUUUGAGAAGCUAGUGUACAAGGACGUGAAGAGGGGUAUUAGGAGGGAUCGGAAAUAUGCAGUGCAACCUCGCAACGUGAUUGCCAACGGUGUGCAUAUGUCUCAGAAUACAGUAGGCAAGACAACACACAAGACAGAAGGGCGUAUCAAGUACUUUCACUAUCACGGGACCAUCGCAGAGCGCCGUGAGCCAUGCCGACAGCUGGUCAACACCACGGCAAUCACCAUUGACGGUACCCCUUAUAUGGUGGACACUACAAUGAGGGAUAUUGCUGCAACUGUUAAGAGAUUCGAACUUAAGACGAUUGGCACUACACUACAAAGAACGCGGCAAUGAGGUCAACAUUGCCGGUGCUUUCUUUUCAACAUAUGUUAUUACUUUUAAGUUUUUCUUUUUGUUAGAGCUAUAUAUAUUCUUCUCUUGUUCAUUUCUGUAUGAUAAAAUUUUCUUGAUACUUUCUGAAAUAGAAACAUGGGUAUAGAAACAACAGUGACAAUGCAUUAGUAUAUGAUUCGUUAUUAUAUUGUUAGGGUUACAGGGUGUUUUGUAUAGUUCUGUCUCUGUUUAUAACACUAUUUUAUUCCCUUUCUUUCA